AUGAGCUACUACAGCGGCUACUACGGAGGCCUGGGCUAUGGCUAUGGUGGCUUUGGCGGCCUGGGCUGUGGCUUUGGCUCUGGAUGUAACAGCAUCCGCAGACUGGGCUACGGUUGUGGCUAUGGAGGCUUUGGAUAUGGCUCUGGCUGUGGAAGCUACGGAUACGGCUCUGGCUACGGAGGCUACGGAUAUGGCUGCUGCCGCCCUUCCUGCUGUGGAGGAUAUGGGUUCUCCAGCUUCUAUUGA